UUUCUGUUCUUUCUUUCUUCACCAUUUUCCUUCUCCCAUUUGCUCCCAUCCUUUUCAUUUAUUAAAUGUCCAGCACCGUAGCCCCUCUCUCUCUAUCCCUUCACUUUAAUCAAUCCAUCGAUAAACCCUCCGCCAUAGCCUUGAACCCUCGUAGCAGCAGCAGCAGCAGUAGUUCUCCCGUUAUGUGGAGAAACGCAUCCAGGCAGAUCUCUUCUAAAGCCUCGCACAAUAAAUUCUCUCUCAACUUCGGCAAUCCUUGUCAUCUUCGCACCUGCAGGUUUAUUGGGUUUUCCAAAGAUUCGAUUUUUCCGGAGAAUUUAUUAGAAUUGAAGUCACUCGUUCCCAUUUCUUGCUCGAAGAAUGGCUCCACGGGAUUGGGUUUCUGUAAGAUUGCCAGGUUUCUGCCCCGUGAUGAUUUUCUGAGCAGACCCGGUUUUCCCAGCACCCAAUUUUCCUCCAAGAGCUUUGCUAGUGUGGCCGAAGCUGUUGAGAUUUUCUCCAGUGAGACUGAAGAAAGUGCGCCUGCAGUAGCUAAUGAGGUUGAGGUAUUGGUGGCAGAGAUGAGAAGGGAAGAUUUGAACAAGUUAAAUGAGUUUAGGAGAAAGCAGACUAUGUCCAGAGGAAUGGGGGUAUGGAAGUAUGUCGCCCUUAAGAGAAGACAGGUAAAGAUUGAGACUGAGGCAUGGGAGAAAGCUACCAAGGAGUACAGGGAACUUCUGGAGGAUAUGUGUGCUCAUAACCUGGCUCCUAAUUUGCCAUACAUGAAAUCACUCUUUCUUGGAUGGUUUGAGCCGUUGUGUAAAAGAAUUUCUGAAGAACAGCAGCUUUAUCGGGAGGGAUCAUCAAGAGCAGAGCAUUUGAAAUACAUUGAUCAGUUACCUGCAGAUAUGAUAGCAGUUAUAACAAUGCAUAAGGUAAUGGGGUCAUUGAUGGCUGGCGGUGAACAUGGCUCUGCAAAGCUGGUGCAUGUUGCAAAUGCGCUGGGAGAUGCAAUCGAACAGGAGGUUAGAAUACACAGACUUUUGAAGAGAAAAAAACAGACAAAAGGUAGUAAAGAUACAAAUAAAAGUAUUAAUGUCAACGGAGAUACAAGUAUGGAAGAAGAGCCUAAUGGUGUUGCAGAAGACGAACAAAAUCUUCAGAGGAAAGUCACUAAUUUGAUAAAGAAGAACAAUCUACGAGCAGUGAGACGAGUACUGGAUAGCCAAGAUCACUUGAAGCACUGGGAACCAAAUGUUAAGGUUAAGGUUGGAAGCCAUUUGGUUGAGUUGAUUUUGCAAACAGCCUAUAUUCAGCCACAGACCGAAGAGUUAUCUGAUGGUCCACCAGAUGUUCGACCUGCAUUCGUUCAUACAUCUAAGACUGUCUCUAACCAAGCAAAGGGCCCUAGCAGAAGAUAUGGUGUGAUACAAUGCGACCCAUCGGUUCUCAAAGGUCUUGAAAGAUCUGCCCGACACAUGGUGAUUCCUUACAUGCCAAUGCUAAUUCCUCCCAUCAAGUGGAAAGGUUAUGACAAGGGUGCACACCUUUAUUUGCCUUCAUAUGUCAUGCGGACACAUGGAGCAAGACAACAAAGAGAAGCUUUGAAGAGAGCCCCUAGGAAGCAGCUAGAAUCUGUCUAUGAGGCACUAGAUACACUUGGAAGUACCAGGUGGAGAAUAAAUAAGAGAGUACUCUCUGUUGUUGAUAGAAUAUGGUCUAGUGGUGGUCGUCUUGCUGGUCUAGUUAGCCGUGAUGAUAUCCCUUUGCCAGACCAACCAGACAGUGAAGAUGAAACAGUACUUAAAAAGUGGAAGUGGAAAGUUGGGACAAUCAAGAAAGAGAACAGAGAAAGGCAUUCACAGCGAUGCGAUAUAGAGCUCAAACUUGCUGUAGCACACAAAAUGAAAGAUGAAGAAGGUUUCUUUUACCCACACAAUCUUGAUUUCCGUGGCCGUGCAUAUCCUAUGCAUGCACACCUAAACCAUCUGGGCUCUGAUAUCUGUCGAGGAGUGUUGGAGUUUGGUGAAGGACGCCCUCUUGGGAAGUCAGGCCUGCGUUGGCUAAAGAUACACUUGGCCAAUUUAUAUGCUUGUGGUGUUGAUAAAUUAUCUCUUGAUGGUCGGAUUGCAUUCACUGAAAAUCAUGUGGAUGAUAUAUUUGAUUCAGCUGACAAACCACUAGAGGGAAAGCGCUGGUGGCUGAAAGCAGAGGAUCCAUUCCAGUGUUUAGCAGCAUGUAUUAAUCUCGCCGAAGCGCUUAGAAGCACAUCCCCUGAGACGACCAUUUCACAUGUUCCAGUGCACCAGGAUGGUUCUUGCAAUGGUCUGCAACACUAUGCUGCCCUUGGAAGAGAUCAAUUAGGAGCAGUUACUGUGAAUCUGGUUGCAGGAGAAAAACCUGCUGAUGUUUACUCAGGCAUAGCAGCUAGAGUUCUGGAUAUCAUGAAGAGAGAUGCACUGGAAGAUCCUGAUGAAUUUCCAGAUGCAUUACAUGCCAGGCGCCUAAUUAAUCAGGUGGAUAGGAAACUGGUGAAGCAAACGGUGAUGACAUCAGUUUAUGGCGUCACAUAUAUCGGUGCCCGAAAUCAAAUCAAGAGGAGACUAAAAGAGCGUGGGGUGAUUGAAGACGACUCUGAACUUUUUGGUGCAGCCUGUUAUGGUGCAAAAGUCACAUUAACUGCACUCGGGGAGAUGUUUGAAGCUGCACGCGGUAUCAUGGGUUGGCUUGGAGAUUGUGCGAAGAUAAUUGCUUCUGAAAACCAACCAGUUCGAUGGACAACUCCCCUUGGUCUUCCAGUUGUGCAGCCUUACCGCAAGCUUGGAAGCCGCCUUGUUAAAACUUCUCUUCAGGUGUUAACAUUGCAACGAGAAACCGAAACGAUCAUGGUCAAGAGGCAGAGAACGGCUUUUCCUCCCAAUUUUGUUCAUUCUCUUGAUGGUUCACAUAUGAUGAUGACUGCAGUUGCAUGCAAAAGGGCCGGCUUGAGAUUUGCAGGAGUUCAUGACUCGUACUGGACGCAUGCAUGUGAUGUGGACGAGAUGAGCAAGAUUCUACGGGAGAAAUUCGUCGAGCUUUAUGAAAAACCCAUACUAGAAGAUCUAUUGGAGAGCUUUCAACAGUCGUUCCCUACAUUAUCUUUUCCACCAUUGCCCGAACGAGGGGACUUUGAUCUGAAAGAUGUCCUCGGAUCUCCAUACUUCUUCAACUGAUUAUUGCUCUCGGGCUCGUGUGCGAAAAACCCAAAAUAUGGCCCGAAGGUGACGUGGGACCCGUCUCUCUGUAUAUAUGUGAGCCGAAGAAAGGGCUUUGUUGGGCAGACAGACGUCUCGAGUACACAUGCACGCAGGGAUUGAUUAGGAAAGUGCCCUACAGUUGUGAGGUAUGAAGUUUUGAGGGAUUAGUAUAUUUGGAGAGAUAAAUGCCCUUAUAGUCACUGUUUAUCUUGAGAUACUGCCCUAUAGUUACCAAUUCUGCCACUGAAAAUGCCAGUUUGAGUUUUCCUGAUGUAAAUGUUCUAGGUGUGUUUGUUUCAAGUCUCUUUUAGAUUAUUUUAUAGUGUCGAAGCUGUAAUUUUUUUUAACCAUUAGUCACGUCAUUACUUGAUUUAAAUAGAGCUUUUUGAAUUAAUUUCUUGAUAUGUAUACAUUAAAUUGUUAAUACAAAA